AUGAAUUUUGACCAGAAAACUGUGAAAUUCCUGGCGAAUUUUUACAUCAAUGGAGGCCAACACUGGACCCAUGGCUCCCCGAGGCAGGGGCCACUUGUGCCAGCCCAGCCCCAGGCUAGUGUGUUCUUGUGGGGCCCCCAGCCAGAGACCGCCUGGGAGGAGACGCGGCCCCCAGGAGUGCAGGAGUUCCAGGCUGGCCUCAGGAUGCAAACAGGCUCCCUCCAGGAGCGCCCCCCUAUCUGCACCCAGAACCUGAGGGACCUGUGGCUGGAACGACGCCCACCCAUCGUGACCGACCUGCAGGUCCCCGGCCCCGCCAAGUACCUGGUGCCGGAUGCUUCAGUGCGCGAGUCCUCCCCACAUCCCCACUUCAGCAUCGGCCGCAGGUUCCCCACCCGCGACGGCGGUGGCCGCAGGGCGUGGCAGACCUUGUGGUUCCAAAGCGAAAGCCCCUUCACGCAGAAGGCCGACUUUAACCAAGAGCAAAAGUGGCCAUCGCCCGCGGACUAUCAGCCACUCAGCCGGCCUGCCUUCUGGGCCUCCAGCUUUGGGGGCCGCCGCCCCGCCUCCAAGACACUUGAGGCCCCCGCCCGCCCGGGGCUGCCGCGGGCCGGGGGUACGGGUUACCGUACCCAGCCCCAGCUUCAGGCCCCUCCGCAGGCCCCGGGGGGCGAGAAGCUCCCCAGCCCCAACACCUACGACAUCUUGCCUGGGUGCCGCCUGCAGAGCCCCCGCCCGCCCGCCUUCUCCAUGAGCCGCUCCCCUGCGUUCGCCUCCUGGGUCAGCUCCUCCCGCAGUCCCGGCCCAGCUGCCUACUACGUGGAGGACUGCUAUAACUCACGCUUCCCCUCGGCGCCUGGAGUGGUGAUCCAGGGUGUCCGGAGACCCAAGCGCCAUGACACGGGACCCUUCUGCACCCUGUAGUGCCUCUUCCGCACAGCCGGCCACCCGGUUAUCCACGGAACCCUGGUCUCCCUGGGGGCCUUCCCAGGCCUCCCUGUGGAACUAAGGGCCUCCAACUCGGCCUUUUGACUCUCUGCGUGCCUCUGAUCUACACUCCUGGCCGGCCAACCCCUCUGUGAGCAGUGGACAUCAAGGAGGGCCCAGCCUGAAGCUCACCCGCCCCCCACCCUUGCCAUACAGAGAUGCUGUCAGUUCUCCCCAACUCUGUUGUGUGCCUGACUGGUGAGCUGUCCCUCAGAUGUGGCCUGCUGCCCACCUGUCGUGUUUGGCUUUCCUUGGCCAGGGGUCUCCCUCUGCUUCCCCUUUGGUGCCCUCUUCUCUAGGGUGGGUGGGGUAGCAGCCUGGGACCUCUGCCUGGGGACAUGAUGGGAGGGGGCCCUGUGGGCAAUACAGGACACCCCCACCUAGUUGUGCUACCCAGGGGAUUGGUCAAGCUGCCAGUCUACCCGAGGGUCAGCUGCCCUCUUGAGGUGAGGUCAGCCUGCCCAGCCACCAGGGAGGGCCCAGAGGACCAGCUGGUCAGGGCCUGGCCCCACUUCUUUGGCUCCUGCCCAAAGACCCUGUGAACUUGCCCAGCGCCAUGCAGGCCAUGCCACAGCCAGCAGACUUCCUGGGCCUUCACUUGUUAGGGUGCCCACAGCAGCAGCCCGCCUUUCUACCCAGGGGUUGUCCCCAAGACUGCCUCCUUCCCAAGGGCCUCACCUGCAGCUGGUGGUGGCUCCUGUCACCGUGCCAGUUCUUGCAGAGGCCCUUCUUGUGCCACCCGUGUCCUGAGCCAGAGCUUGACCCCUCCAAAAAGGCACCGCAACAGCUGCUAUGGUGUGGACAGCAGUCCAUUCUGCAGGGAGGCCAAAGCCCAGCGAGUCUGAGUGCAGUGCACCUGUGACCUUCUCUAGGGCUCAACCAUCGGGGGUUGAGCCCCAACACCCCUGAGAAUCAGAGCAGUGGCAUGGCAGAUGGCUGUCCUUAGGCCCUGGGCUCACCAGCUCAGCCAGCAGGCAACAGAGACAGAGCUGUGGAAGGUCUGGCCUCGGGAGCUUGGCUCAGGGGGAAGGGGGUGGAAAGCAACCCCUAGGGCUCAAUGUCAGGAGUGGGACCAGCAGGAAGGAUGGAGCAAUGCCCUCCAGCUGGGCUGAAGAGGGAGGGCUUCCUGGAGGAGGCAGUGGCGGAAGUGACUUUUAAAGAUGAUCAAGAGUUUGCUGGGCAGUAGGAAGGGAAUUUCUAGCAGGAUAAACCUCAGAAACCACGGCACACAAAAAGGGAGAGGGUGUGAUAUUUGGUGUGUCCAAACUUGGGAGGAUACAGGGCUGUUUGGAUGGAAGGAGGUGAGCUGGUGAGGUGAGAGGCUGCAGAGGGCUGAAUGCUGGGUUCAGGGGCUUGCACACUUAGCAGUGAGGAGCCCAUGGAGGGUGCGCACCAGGCAGUAUCCACCAACUCUGUAUAAGCUUCUUGUACUGCAAGGGACAAGGGACACCAUGAAACCUGAGGCUUGCGUUCGCAGUGUGUCAGGAUGGACAAGCCAGCCUGAGGGACUACCACCUUGGGUUACCUUGGGGGUUAGAUGCUCACGGUGAUGAGAGCGAGGAUACCUGUCCUUGGUCACGAUUCCACUUUGCCCCCCAGGUGUCUGCUAGGCAUUUCCGGAAGCACACUUAGAGUUUAGUCUUUGCAACAAACUUACGCUGUGAGCUUCAUCCCGCUCUCUGUUUGACAAGGAGGGAGCCAAGUUCCAGGGAGAGAGAGGGUCGUGCACCUGGUGAGGCCCAGGGGCAGGGAGCAGCUAGGGCGGACUGCUUCUUUUCUUGAAGCGAAAAUACUCUCAGCGUCAGAGGUCAGCCACGGGAUUUUUCAUGAUUAUAAAAAUAAAG